AAUGGCCGCCAGUGGAUGAAUAAUUUUGCAAACAGUUGGAAAUUUUGUUACAAAAUGGGUAAUAACCCCACCCAGUUGGAGAAAGAAAUAGGAUCUGUACAACUGCCAGCGAAUGAACACUAUUUUGGACUUGUUAAUUUUGGCAAUACCUGCUAUUGUAAUUCUGUUCUGCAAGCUCUGUAUUUCUGCCGUCCAUUUCGAGACAAAGUGCUGCAGUAUAAACACCAGCAAAAGAAUCAAAAGAAAGAGACUCUCCUCUCCUGCCUUGCAGAUCUUUUUUAUAACAUAGCUACUCAAAAGAAGAAAGUUGGUACAUUAGCACCGAAAAGGUUCAUUACACGCUUACGAAAAGAAUGUGAGUUAUUCGACAAUUAUAUGCAACAAGAUGCACAUGAAUUCUUGAAUUAUCUGUUAAACAGAGUAGCGGAGCUGCUGCAAGCUGAAAAACAAGGUGGUAAGAAUAAGACAGGUGAAAACAAUUCACAGACCAAGCCAGAGCCGACAUGGGUAGAGGAAUUAUUCCAGGGAACAUUUACCAAUGAAACCAGGUGCCUCAAUUGUGAAACUGUGAGCAGUAAAGAUGAAGACUUUCUGGAUUUAUCAGUAGAUGUAGAACAGAACACAUCUAUAACACAUUGUCUGCGGGGUUUCAGUUGUACAGAAACACUAUGUGCUGAACACAAAUACUACUGUGAGGUGUGUUGUAGUAAACAGGAAGCUCAAAAAAGAAUGCGAGUGAAAAAACUGCCACAGAUAUUAGCUUUACAUUUGAAACGUUUCAAAUACACAGAACAGCUGAAACGUUUUACCAAGUUAUCAUACAGAGUUGUCUUUCCCUUAGAGUUACGCCUUUUUAAUACUUCUGAUGAUGCCUAUAACCCAGAGAGAAUGUAUGAUUUAGUAGCAGUUGUUGUACAUAUUGGUAGCAGUUUAAAUCGGGGACACUAUAUCAGUAUAGUCAAAAGUGAAGAUAUCUGGAUACUGUUCGAUGAUGAUUUAGUUGAUAAAAUAGAUGCCAAUGCAAUGGAAGAUUUCUUCGGAUUGUCAUCAGAUAUCCAGAAAAACUCAGAGACAGGCUAUAUCCUGUUUUACCAAUCAAGAGAAUAGACUUUGUUGAUGGAUCAGAAACAGUCUUCAUGAAAAUCUACAGCUUGAGCAAAAGGCAGAAAAUUGACAACUUAUAAAAAAAGCAGCUAUUUUAAACUGACCAAACCUUAUAUUGAAUUCAUCUUUGAGUCAAAGUAAUGUUUGCCGUAAUAGGGGAUGGCAAAAUAUAAAACUGGAAAAAAGUCCCUGUAUGGUAAUAUGUAUCGUAAUAAAUUGUAUCAUGGCAACUUGAAAGGUUAGAAAAGUUUUCUCCAGCUUCUGUUCUUCAAGGAAGAAAAAAAACAUAUGUUUAAUUUAAAAUCAGUGCCAGAGUAUCUUAAAUACCGAAGCAAAUUUUUUAAUUGAAAUGAGCAGACAAAAAUCUAAAAAAAACAACAACAAAAAAACAGCACAAAACUUUGCAUGAAUUGUUCUAGUUUCUGUCUUUUUAGUUUGACUAUUUGAAGAAUAGGAAGAGCUAUUGGACUCACCCUUGCGUCUGCGUCUGCAUCAGCCUCGGCAUCCUCAUUUGGUUAAGUUCUUGUAUGUAAGCUGGUGUCUCAGUAACCACUACUGGGAAUGGAUGAAAACUUAAAAUGCUUAUUCACUGUGAUAAACCGACUUACUCUGCACAAGUACAAUAACUCUGUUUUGCUUUUUCACAAAAUUAUGCCUAGGACUAUAGUCCUUCAGUCAUGUAGCGAUCUAAGCCAGUGCACGAUUCAGGGCCAACGAUUCAUAGAUCAGACCAAGAAUCUCACUACAAGGACAUGCAGUCACAAUCAACUUUAUAAACAAUGAACUAUCAUGCCAAUAUUAAUGUGUAUUGUGUUGUCAUAUACACUAAUCUGAUUACAAAUACAGGCAUUAAAAAAGCAGGAAUUCUGUGAUCAUGCUUGUUACUAGAAAUAGACAAAAAUUUUGCUUUAUGCUUGCAUACGUUCAGUAUGAUGUUACAUUAUUUUGCAGUAUUUUCACUUUUACAAUUUACAAAACUUUGUUUAGUUGAAGAUUGGAUGGCCAUAUCCAUUUGUAAUUGGAAUAUUUUCAAGAAAUCUGAGUAACAAUUCAAAUAAUUUUCACACAUUUUGAUAUUUUUGUUCGAAAACACAACACUAACAGCUUUACAUAAUUUCUGUUCUGUUUACUUCCAGUAAACAAUAUUUUGGACGGUACUUAUUAUGGUACACAUAAUACAUUCGUUUCAAGAUUUAUAAAGCAUCUGGAAUGAAAAUUAAUUGUUAUUAGGUUAACUCUUUGCAAAGAUUGCGAUUUGACAAUCACAGAGGUUAGGAAUAUUCAUACUAGAUUUUCAUGAUACAUGCUACAGCUAUAAUUAUGCACCUUAUUUGAUUUCGCAGUUACUGGUUAUGUUUUUGUAUGUAAGCUGGUAUAUCAGUACCCACUGAUGGGUUUUCGAUUGAAACACUUGUUCACUGUGAUGACCUUAUAUGUAUUGUACAGGUUCCAUAAUUCUGUUUUGCAGUUUUUACAAAAUUAUUCCACUUUUUUGACUUAUAUUCAUUCAGUUGACAAGGCUGUUGAAUAGUCGAGCGUUGCUGUCCUUCUACAGCUCUUGUUUUAAAUAUUGCAUUGAUAUGAAGAUUUUCAUGAAGAUUGUUUUAUUUGUUGAAAAUUAAGAGUCUUUAUAGCUUGUUAUCAUGUGCAAUUAUUAGUGCUGUAUGCAUUGCCUAUGUUCAAAUUGUCUGCACACAAUACUUAAUACAAAUGUGGUUUUUGAAGUAAAAACUUCCAUUUUCUCAGAUGCUGCAGUCAGAACUGUUUGGCUCAUAUGUUAUAAUAGUGCCAUUGUGUUAUUUGUCUGUAAACAUAUCAUGUUUUGAAGAAUUAAUGAUAUAUCAAAGUUUCUAAUUCUUAAUGAAUUAGGUUGAUAAAUUCUGUUUGAUAUUACAGCUGAUACUGUGAUCGUAUAUACCGUAUAAUUACGACCUUUAACCCAACACAAAGAAACAAUAUUGGGAAAGGGCCUCGAUGGAGUGUUUAAGGUCAAUAAUUUUGAAUAAAGUACGUGUAGUCACGCAAAUUUUUAUCGAGCUGUCUUGCAAAAGGUCAGUAAUUAAACCAGGUGCCUGCAAAUACAUGAGAUAAUACCUGUAGAGGCAUCUGGGGUUGUCCCCUACAUUAAAGAUGAAAAGUUGCUGUGUGACUGAAACUUUAUUUUACUGUUCUGUCUUAAAAAUCCAACAUAUAAACAAUUUUGGGAAAAUUUCAGCAUCUCUGUGAUUUUUCAUAGGAACAAAAAAGACCAACAGUAACAGAAAUUAUAUUGAAGAAAUAUAAGAUAGGCACCAGUUGUGUUUGCUAAUAACAGUGGCAGUGUAUACAGCACCUUUUGUUGUUUCUUACCAUUAGGAAGUUAGGAUAACAUUAAACUUUUGAUUUGUAAUUAGCAGUACAAAAUGGCUUUGUUUGUUAUGUUAAUGUAUGUAUUAAGAUAGAAGAUUUUAUUUAACAUUUUUAGCUCACCUGUCACAAAGUGACAAGGUGAGCUUUUGUGAUCGCGCGGUGUCCGUAGUCCGUCCGUCCGUCCAUCCGUCCGUCCGUAAACUUUUGCUUGUGACCACUCUAGAGGUCACAUUUUUCAUGGGAUCUUUAUGAAAGUUGGUCAGAAUGUUCAUCUUGAUGAUAUCUAGGUCAAGUUCGAAACUGGGUCACGUGCCGUCAAAAACUAGGUCAGUAGGUCUAAAAAUAGAAAAACCUUGUGACCUCUCUAGAGGCCAUAAUUUUCAAUGGAUCUUCAUGAAAAUUGGUCAGAAUGUUCAUCUUGAUGAUAUCUAGGUCAAGUUCGAAACUGGGUCACGUGCGGUCAAAAACUAGGUCAGUAGGUCUAAAAAUAGAAAAACCUUGUGACCUCUCUAGAGGCCAUAUAUUUCACAAGAUCUUCAUGAAAGUUGGUCAGAACGUUCACCUUGAUGAUAUCUAGGUCAAGUUCGAAACUGGGUCACGUGCCUUCAAAAACUAGGUCAGUAGGUCAAAUAAUAGAAAAACCUUGUGACCUCUCUAAAGGCCAUAUUUUUCAUGGGAUCUGUAUGAAAGUUGGUCUGAAUGUUCAUCUUGAUGAUUUCUAGGUCAAGUUCGAAACUGGGUCAGGUGCCAUCAAAAACUAGGUCAGUAGGUCUAAAAAUAGAAAAACCUUGUGACCUUUCUAGAGGCCAUAUAUUACAAGAUCUUCAUGAAAAUUGGUCAGAAUGUUCACCUUGAUGAUAUCUAGGUCAAGUUCGAAACUGGGUCACGUGCCAUCAAAAACUAGGUCAGUAGGUCUAAAAAUAGAAAAACCUUGUGACCUUUCUAGAGGCCAUAUAUUUCAAAAGAUCUUCAUGAAAAUUGGUCAGAAUGUUCACCUUGAUGAUAUCUAGGUCAAGUUCGAAACUGGGUCACGUGCCAUCAAAAACUAGGUCAGUAGGUCAAAUAAUAGAAAAACCUUGUGACCUCUCUAAAGGCCAUAUUUUUCAUGGGAUCUGUGUGAAAGUUGGUCUGAAUGGUCAUCCUGAUGAUAUCUAGGUCAAGUUCGAAACUGGGUCACGUGCGGUCAAAAACUAGGUCAGUAGGUCUAAAAAUAGAAAAACCUUGUGACCUCUCUAGAGGCCAUAUAUUUCAUGAAAUCUUCAUGAAAAUUUGUCAUUAUGUUCACCUUGAUGAUAUCUAAGUCAAGUUCGAAAGUGGGUCACGUGCCAUCAAAAACUAGGUCAGUAGGUCAAAUAAUAGAGAAACCUUGUGACCUAACUAGAGGCCAUAUUUUCCAUGGGAUCUGUAUGAAAGUUGGUCUGAAUGUUCAUCUUGAUGAUAUCUAGGUCAAAUUUGAAAGUGGGUCACGUGCCGUCAAAAACUAGGUCAGUAGGUCAAAUAAUAGAAAAACCUUGUGACCUCUCUAAAGGCCAUAUUUUUCAAUGGAUCUUCAUGAAAGUUGGUCUGAAUGUUCAUCUUGAUGAUAUCUAGGUCAAAUUCGAAACAGGGUCAUGUGCGGUCAAAAACUAGGUCAGUAAGUCUAAAAAUAGAAAAACCUUGUGACCUCUCUAGAGGCGAUACUUGUGAAUGGAUAUUCAUAAAAAUUGGUCAGAAUGUUCACCUUGAUGAUAUCUAAGUCAAGUUCAAAAGUGGGUCACGUGCCUUCAAAAAGUAGGUCAGUAGGUCAAAUAAUGAAAAAACGUGACCUCUCUAAAGGCCAUAUUUUUCAUGGGAUCUGUAUGAAAGUUGGUCUGAAUGUUUAUCUUGAUGAUAUCUAGGUCAAGUUUGAAACUGGGUCAACUGCGAUCAAAAACUAGGUCAGUAGGUCUUGAAAUAGAAAAACCUUGUGACCUCUCUAGAGGCCAUACCCUUGAAUGGAUCUUCAUGAAAAUUGGUCAGAAUGUUCACCUUGAUGAUAUCUAGGUCAAGUUUGAAACUGGGUCACGUGCCUUAAAAAACUAGGUCAGUAGGUCAAAUAAUAGAAAAACCUUGUGACCUCUCUAGAGACCAUAUUUUUCAAUGGAUCUUCAUGAAAAUUGGUCAGAAUUUUUAUCUUUAUAAUAUCUAGGUCAAGUUCAAAACUGGGUCACAUGAGCUCAAAAACUAGGUCACUAUGUCAAAUAAUAGAAAAAACGACGUCAUACUCAAAACUGGAUCAUGUGGGAAGAGGUGAGCGAUUCAGGACCGUCAUGGUCCUCUUGUUAUUUUGUUGGUCGAUCUGUCCCAGUCUUUGUUGCAUUUUGUUAAUUUCUAGGUAAACCAAUCAAAAACAAGCAAGGUUAAGUGUAUCAUUAUUUUCUUAUUAUCAUAUAAUCAUAUAGUUCAAAAUUAGAACUUACCCUGUAGCCUGUUGGCAGCAAGUGAUUCCGUCUUUGCGACCAGUGCAGACCAAGACGUGCAGGCUGAUCAUGGUCUGCACUGUUUGCAAUUCAGUCAGUAUAUUUUCAGUGAACACCACUUUUAAUAAUAAAUGGUAUGGCCCGAAUUAAAUGAUGGACGAGUCCAUUUAUGAAAUUUAGCAGGGUAAAAGUUAAAAAUACUAGUUUACCGUACUACUAUGAUACUAGUUCUCCUUUAACUGUUAUUGGAUUACAAAGAUGUAAGUGUUUUAUAGCAAGUCUAAAUAGCAUAGACUUAUCAUGUUCAAAUGGAAAUAUUUUUAGCAGAGUACAAAAACAUCUGUUGGUCAGAAUACUUUUCAUCUGUUUUUGCAGAGUUGUAGCCCUUGAAACUCAAACUUUUAUAACACAUAUAAGCCAGACAAAGUUAAGCACCAGAUGUAGUUGUUCAUAUUAUUAUACCUUAUAUACCUUUUAAGUUUUAUUGCUUAAUUUUGAGAAAUGCAUUUUUAAAGGGUUUUACCAUCGCCAAAUACUGGAAUACUGGAAAACAGAACCAAAAGAAUUAUUUCUUUCCAGUAAGUGCAGCACAGAGAUAAAGUUAGUCGUGUUUUAAGUGUGGUGAUGAUCUAAAUGCUUUUUUGAAUACAGUAGAAUUCCGCUAUUAAGACCACCCAUGGUUCUUUGUAAAACUGGUCUUAUUAGUGGUCUGGUCUGAUUAGUGGACAAGGCUAUACUGGGAAGGUCUUGCAGAUAAUAACACAUUGGAAUACAAUCAAGACGCAAUAAUGGCAAACACAGUGUUCAAUUUAUAUGUAGCUUUAUUUUAUUUAAUUUCUAUAUAUACUACUAUAACGGAUCAAACUGUGUAUUAAUUAAGGACGCACUUAAAUGAUAAUGAUUUGAAUUUUGUUCAAUUAAAGACAAUUACAACAAUAUCAAACCUUUUCAAACUUCAUUCUCCACUGAAAUCCCAAACGUAUUUACAUUAAAAAAUAACAAACAAACACCGUUUAGACCUAAUUAAAUCCAUUUUAAUCCAGUCAAUUCGAUCAGCGGGCAUUCGUCUAAUUACAGACAAAUUAAUUAUUUCAACAAUUUCUUAUGUUAAAAUAGCGAUGUAAAAUGCCAAACAUCUUUAAAUAACAAUUUCAGACAAUCAAACAGUUUGAUACUAUGUUUUAAUAACGUUUAAAAGACUUGUUAGCAAUUAACGGAUAAAUAAACGAUGUACACGCUUAACGUGUUAACACGAUGUCGCACGUGUUAAUUCCCGCGGCGAUUUGCGGUAACAUACAGUAACAUUUGAGUGGUCGUAAUUGCGGUGAUUAAUUAAGUGUGAAAUAUCAAACAGUUCUGAAAUUGGUGGUCGCAUUAGUGGAUUAGCCGUCUGGUCGCAUUUUCGGACGAACGACCAUUGCUUUUAAGAAGGAAAUAUUCUGUUCUUUGCAAAAUCGGUCGUAUUAGCGGUGCGGUCGUAAUUUCGGCGUGGUCGUAAGUAGGAAUUUUACUGUAUAUCUAGGUUAAUAAACUGAGUAGAAAGGAAGUAUGUAUUAUUUAAUGUAUAAGUGCCAUUAGUAUUUACAGAUUAGGUUUUUUACUUUUUGAUGAAAAUAAUAUUUUACUGUGAUGAAUUCAGUCCUUCUAAGAACACAGAACUAGAAUGCUCAAACAUUGUAAAUAAUUUUUGAGAUCAUAUUUGUAGGAUGUUGUCUUUGAGCUACAGUUCAGUUGAUGGACAGGUGAGGCGAAAUUGUGUAAUAAAAGCAAAAGAGAUAGCAAAUUAAAUCCGCUGAUACAUAAAACUGGUACCCCUCCAUUUCUGCAUUUCAUUUGAUUUCAGGAACUAGAAAAAAAGCUACAGAUUUAACUGAAUUUUAGUGGCCAUAGACCACAGUGCUCAUAAAUAUACCUGGUGACUAAAAGCAAAGUUAGCAAGGUUUAUCCUGGUUGGGUUAAUAAUUAUUGGACAGUUUUUAGUAGUAAAUUAUACUUAUUAGGGGCCAGUACAUGAAAAUGUAUUCUGCGUCCAGUACAGUUCAGCACAGUACAGAAUAUCGAAACGUUGUUCAUCUAGUCUAUAGAUCUGUAUUCCUUUGUUUGGUAAAUAGUUCAUUGUGAGUAAUAUAUGUUGUUGAUAACAGAAUUUAGGAAAUAUAUGAUUAUAAUACUGAAGGUAAAUAUUUUGAAAGAAGCAGUGUUUAUGUUUAGAUAAACUUAGACUUCAAGUUACAGGCACUGACCUCCAGGUCGUACAACACCAUAAAGGAAAGAAAUUUUAACAUAACGGGAUAUUAUUGCAAUAUUUCUUAAGAAGGCUUUGAAAUUUUGUUACUGACAGAUAAUAUGUUAUGGAAACACAUGAGAAUUAAUUAAUUGUUUUUACUGAUUUUUCCAUUCAAAAUAAAGAAAAAGCGUUUGUAACAGGGUAGUGGAAGUUAACUGCCUUAACUAUAAAUGUUUAUGUUUAAUGAUCGGUAAGGAGGUAUUCCUCCGUGUUGUAUUAGUCAAUAAUGCAGGAAUGUCUUUAUUGCUGGGGCUGCCUGGAUUUGAUUCUUAACUUUGUCAUGUAUUAUUUUCUUGAUCUGGCAUUUUUAAGAUAGUUUAGAAACAAAAACUUUAAUAAAAAAGUUUAAUUUUAAAGAAAGGUCAGUGCCUUUAAAUAUGCUAUGUAUUGAAGCAGUGGUUAUGUAUAUAUUUUUUUCUGUGCAAAAUUAUAUAAGACUUUAAAUAUCAAAAUUUUUAUUGUUGAAACACUUGUCAUAACUGUGCUGUACAAUUUUUUUGGUUUGGCAAAUUUAUGUGUUAAGCACACCGAUACUUUGGUGUCAAGGUAGUUGAAACAUAGUACCAGAUGUCUUUUGUAUAACAUAGAACCAUAUGUCUUUAGUAUAACAUAUAAUAUAACCAGAUAUUCUCUGUUUAACAUAGUACAAGAUAUCUUCAGUGCAACAUAGAACAUGAUUUCUUUAGUGUAUCAUAGAAUGAGAAGUCAUCUGUGUAACAUAGAACAUGAUUUCUCUAGUGUAACGUAGAAUGAGAAGACUUCUGUGUAACAUAGAACAUGAUUUCUCUAGUGUAACAUAGAAUGAAAAGUCUUCUGUGUAACAUAGAAUGAGAUGUCUUCUGUGUAACAUAGAAUGAGAAGUCUUCUGUGUAAACAUAGAACAUGAUAUCUCUAGUGUAACAUAGAAUGAGAUGCCUUCUGUGUAACAUAGAAUGAGAUGUCAACAUAGAAUGAGAUGUCUUCUGUGUAACAUAGAAUGAGAAGUCUUCUGUGUAAACAUAGAACAUGAUGUCUCUAGUGUAACAUAGAAUAAGAUGCCUUCUGUGUAACAUAGAAUGAGAUGUCAACAUAGAAUGAGAUGUCUUCUGUGUAACAUAGAAUGAGAUGUCUUCUGUGUAACAUGGAAUGAGAUGUCUUCAAUGUAACAUAGAAUGAGAAGUCUUCUGAGUAAACAUAGAAUAUGAUAUCUCUAGUGUAACAUAGAAUGAGAUGUCUUCUGUGUAACAUAGAAUGAGAUGUCAACAUAGAAUGAGAUGUCUUCUUUGUAACAUAGAAUGAGAUGUCUUCUGUGUAACAUAGAAUGAGAAGUCUUCUGUGUAACAUACAAUGAGAAGUCUUCUGUGUAACAUAGAAUGAGAUGUCUUCAAUGUAACAUAGAAUGAGAAGUCUUCUGUGUAAACAUAGAACAUGAUAUCUCUAGUGUAACAUAGAAUGAGAUGCCUUCUGUGUAACAUAGAAUGAGAUGUCUUUAUAUGUUCUAGAGACUUUCUGUUGAUUUCCAUUCAGUUGUUAAAAUGUUUGUCAAUUGUCUGAGCAUUAAUGACUUGAGAACAUUCCGGACGUAUAAGCUUUAUAUUGUGUCUGUAAGCCAGUGACAGUAAUUGUAUACACAUAUAAAUACACAAGAAACUGCAGUGACUGUCCUUUUCUAGUCCAUCCUUAUAACUGUUACUGCCUUCAUUGCUGACAAUUUAUUUAGUGUUUCAUUAUUUCUUUUUCUGGUUAUGUUUAGCCACUAGGAGAAUGAGAUUUGGUGAUAUUUCAAGUAGACAGUCAAGUAAGAAGAUGGAUUUUCUUACAGCAGUUUUCAGAGUAAUAGACAGUCACAGGCCAUCACACAUGAUAAAUCAUCCAGAAAAUCCCUUGCCUAGUUGGUUUAAUUGACCAUCUUUGUCCCUUUUCUGUGUGUACAUAAAUAGAAGACUCACCUUAAGGUCUGUGAGUCUGCAUCACACAUUUAGGAUUCCAAGGGCUGCAAAGAGUCAUAGUAGUUUUUGUAUGUAUAGGAGAUAAUUUUUUAACCAGUCUGUAAAAUUGCAAACUUUUUAUCGUACUAGUUUCGUUAAUUUGUUAUAAUAAUAAAACAAAGCUUUGAAUCUUUUUGAGUAUUAGUGAUUUAUUAGAUGGUUUUAAGUUUUGAUAGUGUUGCAGAUGCCUUAGUUACUAAACAGCUUACAAUUCCUGUUUUUUGGUUGUCUGGAGUUUGGAUACCAGUCUUGAAAUUCCAGUUUCUGAUUGGUUGGUUUGGAGCUAAGUCUUGAAAUUGACCAAUGACAAAGCAGCAUUUUGAGACUGGUCCUCAAACUCAUUAUUUCAAAUGACAUUGAAGCCAGAAAUAAGAGCAGAUGAAUGCUAGUAUUGUUGCAAUAUGUUCGAACUUAUCUCAGGUUUGUCAGAUCAUGUGGAUUCUUUUUCUUUUAUUGUACAUAGAAGGUGCAGAAUGGUUUUAUGAGAAUAUUGGAGUUUGCCUGUCUGAAACAAAAUGGUGUUACCACUUUUUAGCUCACCUGUCACAUAGUGACAAGGUGAGCUUUUGUGAUCACCCUUCGUCCGUCGUCCGUCGUCAGUCCAUGCGUCUUGUGCGUCCGUGCGUGCGUCAACAAUUUCUUGUCUGUACGAUAGUGGUUUCAUUUAUGAUUUUAUUUUAACCAAACUUGCACACAACUUGUAUCACCAUAAGAUCUCAGUUCCUUUCUUGAACUGGCCAGAUCCCAUUACAGGUUCCAGAGUUAUGGCCCCUGAAAGGGCCAAAAUUAGCUAUUUUGACCUUGUCUGCACAAUAGCAGCUUUAUUAAUAAUUUGAUUUUUACCAAACUGGCACACAACUUGUAUCACCAUAAGAUCUUGGUUCCUUUCUUGAACGGGUCAGAUUCCAUUAUGGGUUCCAGAGUUAUGGCCCCUGAAAGGGCCAGAAUUAGCUAUUUUGACCUUGUCUGCAUAAUAGCAGCUUCAUUUAUGAUUUUAUUUUAACCAAACUUGCACACAACUUGUAUCACCAUAUGAUCUUGGUUCCUGUCUUGAACUGGCCAGAUUCUUAUGGGUUCCAGAGUUAUGGCCCCUGAAAGGGCCAGAAUUAGCUAUUUUGACCUUGUCUGCACAAUAGCAGCUUCAUUUAUGAUUUGAUUUUAACCAAACUUGCACAAAACUUGUAUCACCACAAGAUCUUGGUUCCUUUCUUGAACUGGCUAGAUUCCUUCAUGGGUUCCAGAGUUAUAGCCCCUUAAAGGUCAAAAAUUGGCUAUUUUGGCUUUUGCAGCCAUAUAGAGACUUCAUUUAUGGUUUUAUUUGAUACAAACUUCCAAAAUAUCUUCAACAAGAAUAAAUCUUGGAUUCCAUGACAAAUCAGAUCCAUUCGUAGGUUCCAGAGUUAUUUUAUAUCUGAUUACCUCCCCUGAUAGUAAUAGCUUAUAUUUAGUAACUUUUUUAUUAUUGGCCGUAGGGAAAAACCAAGACCACUUUUCUGUGGUACAACAUGGAUUGUACCUCCAAUUUUUAGGUGUAUUUUGACCAGGGCUCCGGAAAUUUUGAUAACUCAAUCGGUCCGAAACGAAAAUCCUGACAUCGGCGCUACCCCACCCACCGCAUUCCCAAUAUUACAUAUUUUGUAAAACGUGAUAGGGUAAAGAAAUAAGCAUGUCAUGCAUUAAAACUGUGUUACCAGUCACCGCGCGUUACCAUACAAUGAAGACAGUUAUUCAGUGUUAUGUGUGAUCGUUACUUUGUUUGAAUUUCGAUGUUUUUCCGAGAUAAUAUAGGCAUUGACACCGUGUGCGUAACUAGUCUAAAAGCCAACGCACGUGACUUCAAUACCGUAUACACGGCAGAUACUUUGUGAUGUUUCCUCAUUCUUUGACGGAAUUCUAUAAAAUACAAUGCGUCAAAGUGAGUUACACGACACAUAUUCUCUGCUAAACAGCCUCAGUAUUUAAAGAAUACUCUGCCGCGGACCGAAUGUGUACGUUAUUUGAACGCUGAGAUCGAAAUUCCCGCAUGUAUAGUAAAAAAACAUCACGCGGGUUGGCCACGGAUAUUUCAUUUCACUUACGUUGUACUUCAGUAAGCAACUACAUUUUAUAAAGUUAUAUGUUCUCUUCUGAUGUAAACAAAAUUUCAUUUUGAAACGUUUUUUAAAAGACCGAUUUGAUAUUAAAACAGUGCCACUCCGGUUUUCUUUAUCAUUCGUGGUUGCCCGUCCAUUUUUUUCUUUUUUGUACAGUCGGGUUGCAAAGACGAUUUUCUGCAUUUGUUUCAACUGGAGCCCCAACAAAUGAAUCAUGUGAUUUUUUCAAAUCAAGUAAUUAUAAAAAUUAUUUUUAUCGGUUUUCCGUGUGAUGUCUCAUUAAAUCAAAGACCUAUAAUGUACAAUUAUAGCUCUUUGAUUAAAUGCAGCGACCAUUUGUUUGUUACCGUGAUCAAACAUAGCCUUUUGAAAUAAACCAUCCGUCGGAUUCUAAAUAAAAGAAGUGGAUCCCCGUCGAAAUGAUUUGGAUCCAGUCAGAAACGUUAGGAAACCAGUGAAAAUGUUUAAUACACCGCAGUCGGCUGUCUGCAAACAUUAAAGGAUGUGCCGCGCGAGCACUGAUUGCGUCACGCGCUAAUUACGGACCGAUUAUCAAAGUGACAAUCAGACCGAUUGACACGUUUAUUGAUUAUCUGAAGGUGCGACCAACAAUUUCCUACUUGGCAGGUGAUCGUGUAUUGAGAUAUAAGACCGAAAUUUAUACUUUUCUUCAUUUUUACGGGACCGAUUUUUUUCGUUUUUUCACAUCACGAAUCGGUCUGAAAAGUCAAAAAUCGGUCCAAAACCGACAAACCGGCAAAUUUCCGAAGCCCUGAUUUUGACAUAUCUGUACCUUGUAAGAAUUUUUUUUUCUUUUUGGUUAAAUUUCUGCCCUUUGUUGUUACGGUCCUUUGGACCUAGAUAUUUUUUCUGAGGACCUUCUUGUCCUCAAGUGCAAUGAUAACAGGUGAGCGAUAUAGGGCCAUCAUGGCCCUCUUGUUUAUUGUGACUCUUAAAAAAAGUGUGCUUUCAGAGCUUGUUAUAUGUUUGGAGGCAGAUCUGUGUUCAUUAUUUAUGAUAAUUUUUAAUAUGAGAGUCACACAUGCCAAAAAAAUAGCAGAAAAGAAAACCAUGGUAUAGGUUAUCCAGUUUACAAUACUUCAAAUUAGGUAUGAAUUAAUCUACAAUUGUUAAUUACUCUGUAUCAUCAUAUGUGUAAAUUCAACAUGUAAUUAUGCUGACACAAAAAUAUGCUGUGUUUAUGAGAAUAUAUUUACCAAAAAAAAAGAUGUCUGUGAAUCUUUAGUGAAUCAUUGAAUGUAUUUAUUCCAUAUUUGAUGUAAAUAUAUUGUUUAUUGUAUAUAAUAUUUUGUUAAAGUUGAAAUAUGAUUUUCAUUUUAAAGACACCCCUGAGGUAACUAUUAAACUUAAACAUUCUUAA